AUGGCUUCCCUCGCACACACCCGUUCAUAUGGCGAACGAGCCCUUAACGCUACGAAUACUACCGCCAAACUAAUCUUCGAGACGAUGGAGCGCAAGAAAACGAACCUGGCAGUCAGCGUCGAUGUUACGUGCACUAGUGACCUUCUUGCAAUCAUUGAGGCAGUCGCGCCUUAUACUCACGUCGAUAUCCUGGAAGACUUUGACCAUUCUUUGAUUGAGCGCCUGCAACACCUCGGUCGAGAGCAUGACUUCUUGUACUUCGAGGAUCGCAAGUUUGCUGACAUCGGAAAUACCGUUGCUCUACAAUAUUCAAGCGGCGUACACAAAAUCUCAAGCUGGGCUCAUGUAACAAACGCGCAUCCUGUGCCAGGUCCCUCGGUCAUCAAGGGUCUCUCUUCAGUUGGCCUGCCUCUUGGUCGCGGACUAUUGCUUCUCGCCGAAAUGAGUACUGCUGGUUCAUUGGCCGUAGGAACCUACACCGAAGAGGCUGUCAGGAUGGCUCGCAAACAUCGGGACUUUGUGAUUGGGUUCAUCGCCCAAAGACGAAUGGAAGGAGUGGGUGCUGGCCCGGAGGACGAUGUCUCAACAGAAGACUUCCUGAUCAUGACACCAGGAAUUGGACUCGAGUCCAAAGGUGAUUCGAUGGGUCAACAGUACAGGACGCCUCGUACGGCUGUCCUUGAAACAGGGUCGGACAUAAUUAUUGUCGGUCGAGGAAUUUAUGGCACCGACCCCAAAGAAGUCGAUAGAAUUGCAGCCAAGGCUGAACGUUACAUGUCAGAGGGUUGGGCUGCGUACUUGGAACGUUUGUCAUAG